GCUGAUUAAUACCAAAGGCACGUGCCGGUAUAUAAGAAGUGCAUUUUCUUCCUUUCAAUCCAACUGAUAAGAGGACUGCAUUGGCCUAUAUUGAUCAAGAUGGUAAAAUGCAUAGAGUAAGCAAAGGUACACUCGAACAGAUCCUACACCUUGCCCACAACAAAUCAGACAUCGAACGCAGAAUUCAUGCAGUGAUUGAUAAGUUCGCAGAGCGCGAUUUGCGAUCUCUUGCUGUAGCAUACCAGGUAAUUGAUGAAUACGUCACAUUGUCAUUUGCCAUAUUUGCUUGCUUAUAGUUCCCGAUGGAAGGAAAGAAAAUGCUAGAGGCCCAUGGCAUUUUAUUAGCCUUAUGCCCCUCUUUGACCCACCUAGGCAUGAUAGUGCCGAAACAAUAUGGAGGGCACUAUAUCUCGGAGUAAAUGUCAAAAUGAUUACAGGUGAUCAACUAGCUAUAGGAAAGAAAACAGGACGACGCUUGGGAAUGGGUACCAAUAUGUACCCUUCAUCUGCUUUACUUGAACAGGACAAGGAUGAAUCUAUUGCUGCCUUGCCUAUUGAUGAACUAAUCGAAAAAGCAGAUGAAUUUGCUGAUGUAUUUCCUGAUAUGUCUCGAUACUAUCCCGGGGACUUCAUGUGUACUCGAAUAAGUAUUAAUAUGAUUGUUGUUUUAUAUUUUUUGUCAGAACACAAGUAUGAGCUUGUGAAGCAUUUGCAAGUGAGGAAACAUAUCUGUGGAAUGACUGGUGAUGGAGUGAAUGAUGCACCUACUCUAAAGAAGGCAGACAUUGGUAUAGCUGUCGCCGAUGCCACAGAUGCUGCUCGUAGUGCAUCUGAUAUUGUUUUAGUAAUAGGAUGA